AUGCUUCUUAUCUUAACACUAUGUCUCCUAAAGAGAAAGAGAAAACCAUCACAUGAUCUGUGUCAACGAAACCUCAAGACUCUUAAUCCACUUAAGCAGUAUAGUUUCGCAGAAGUGAAGAGAAUAACAAAAUCAUUCGCCAAAAUGGUUGGGAAAGGAGGAUUUGGAACUGUCUAUAGAGGCACCCUCUCUGAUGGACGUAUUGUUGCAGUGAAGAUUUUAAAAGACUCAAAGAGUAAUGGGGAAGACUUCAUCAAUGAAGUUGCAAGCAUCAGCCAGACUUCUCAUGUCAACAUUGUUACCCUAUUAGGAUUCUGCUCCGAAGGUUCCAAGAGAGCCAUUGUUUAUGAAUUCUUGGAAAAUGGGUCUCUUGAUAAGUUCAUCUCAAGCAAGAGGUCGUCAGAUAUGGACUGGAAGGUGUUAUAUGAGAUCGCGUUAGGCGUUGCUCGUGGUCUAGAGUACUUGCACCAUGGAUGCAGGACAAGGAUUGUACAUUUCGACAUAAAACCGCAGAAUGUACUCUUAGAUAAUGAUCUGUGUUCCAAGGUUUCAGACUUUGGCCUUGCCAAGCUCUGUGAGAGGAAGGAAAGCAUGUUGUCGCUGCUGGACACAAGAGGAACGAUAGGAUACAUUGCACCCGAAGUGUUUUCAAGAGUGUACGGUCGAGUCUCGCACAAGUCAGAUGUGUAUAGCUACGGAAUGUUGGUUCUUGAGAUGAUAGGAGCAAGGACCAAAACAUCAACUGAAGAGACAACUGCAUCUAACCCAAGUUCAAUGUAUUUUCCUGAAUGGAUAUAUAGGGAUCUUGAGAGAGGAGACAAUGGAAGGCUUCUUGAAAAUGGUAUCAACAGCGAAGAAGAAGAAGAGAUAGCAAAGAAGAUGACAAUGGUGGGUUUGUGGUGUAUUCAGGCCUGGCCAUCUAAUCGUCCAUCGAUGAAUAGAGUAAUAGAGAUGAUGGAAGGAACUUGA